AGGGGUCAUCUCAUAAACACCACUCAUGUGUAAUGGACAUGUAAUGCAAAUUGCUGGAUUAUAGCAAUAAACUGAAAAACACUGGAGAAUUUCUUUAACUUGACUCAAUUCUCUGGGCCUCCAAUGGGUCAUCUAACAAAAACCACUCAAGAUAAUGAAGUAUUAGAACAGUAAGACAUUCCCAAAAUGGAAAAGUGUUUGUUAGAAACUGAAACGCAUCCUUAAAUCUGCUGUGUUACGAUUCUUUUUUUUUUUUUUUUAGGUGAAAUACGCCUGAGCUGUUGACCAGCUGAUGAACGCUGCGAAUGCGGAACCAUCUCUUGCGUGCCUUGGUACAACCCGGAGAGAAACAUGAAUUGGUGGUGUCCUCGGAAUUUCUUCCGUGCUGCCGUAUGCUAGCGUUCAAGAUGGAGUCCGUCAACAAAGCUGGACAUCUGAUGAGUCUAGCGGCUCUGCAGCAGUAUGACCCUUAUAUUAACAAGCUGCUCGAUGUUACCGGGCAGGUAGCGCUGUAUAAAUUCAACUCAAAAGCAAACGAAUGGGAAAAAACUGAUAUUGAAGGCACCUUAUUUGUGUAUGCCAGGUCAGCAUCACCACAUCACGGUUUCACUAUCAUGAACCGUCUAAGCACGGAGAACCUGGUGGAGCCGAUUAACAAAGAUCUGGAGUUUCAGCUUCAGGAUCCUUUCCUCUUGUACCGGAACGCCAGCUUGGGAAUCUACAGUAUCUGGUUCUACGACAAGGCCGACUGUCAGCGCAUAGCACAGCUGAUGGUACAAAUAGUGAAGCAGGAGACACUGAGGGCUCAGCAGGCCUCUCCAGAUCGAGGCCGAACGAAUGGUUGUGUUGAGACGAGACCAAUGGAUAUCCUGGAGCUGCUGAGCAAAGCCAAAGAGGAGUACCACAGGAGUCAGUCUAAUGAUACCGAGUCGCAGGUAAACACAGACGUCACUCCAGCUCCAGACCCAGUUAAAGUAGAGAGCAUGAAGCCCACGGUUAUUGCUGCUCAGCAGGAGAAGCAAACACACGGUGUGGUGAAGCAGAUCACAGUGGAGGAGUUGUUCGGCAGCUCUUUACCCAAAAACCCAACCCCUCCAGCCGAAUCGAUUUCUGGCGAGAGUUUCCUGCGUGGAAUGAGCUACGGCCCUCCUCCCGUACCCCUGGAGCCCAUCCUCACGCAGUGUCUGUCAGCCAAUCCCCUGCUCCCUCAGCACUCCAUCUCUCCUGGGCUAAUGGCUCCAAGCGGGGCCGAGAACGUUCCAGCACUUGGCGGGCAUCGUGGGCAGACUGGGCCUCAGGCUGCGCCUCAGUAUAUAAAUCCACUCAAAAAUGAUGGCCACGGGAUCCCCAAGCCGACAGCAGUGCCAGGCUUCAUGCCCAGCACGUUGGUCACGCCACAAAGUUUCCGAGAACCUACUCCCAAAGCACCAGCAGUUUUCACCAGCAAACCCGCAGCAUCUGCACAAACUAAAGAAGCUGGUACUUUUGCACAGCCACAAGCCCCGAAUCUUGUCAAACCUAUUCCAACCAAGGCGGGGCUAGUUGUGCCAGGGGCGGAGCCGUCAUUGCUACUUUCCCCCAGUGUGUUCCAGCAGUCCACUACAAAAGCACCAGAGCUGCCGAGAAAUCCUGCUCCUCCGCCAUCACCCCCUGCCUCUCUGGGGGCUGGAGAGCUUCCCUCAACAGUGUACAGCAAGGCACAGCUACAAGACGUUCUGAUACAUUUGAUAAAGAACGAUGCCCACUUCCUCAGCACAAUCCACGAAGCAUACAUGCAGAGCCUCACCAAAGACCUCAGCAAUGUCAAACUAUAGCCACUGACCCCAAACUCCCAGACUGAGUGCUCUUUCUGUCAGCCCAGGGGGCUGUAUUAGGACAAAACCACCACAUACUGGUGCACUGGUUCUCUCACUGUAUCUUAGACACGGAGGGAUGAAUCCAAAGGCACACAUCACUCCUUUCUUUCAGCGCUUCUCUGCAAGAACGCAAGCUUCAGGAUGACUACAUAGCCAUGGUUGCCCCACAUCUGAGCCCCGGCUAUUCUAAAUCAUGAGGGGGAACACUUACUUCUUUUGUCUAAUCGUUGUCCGUCUCAUCCUGUCUGGUCCCUCAUUGCCCUGUCUGUUAUUCCAUCUCUAGCUAAUAGUUAUGGCUAAGCUUAUGAAAGCAGGUGCAAUACUGGCAUUUUUUUUUAACAGUCAUGUUUAGGGAUGCAUUGAUACCGUUUUUUGUUUUUCAGAUUGAGAACAUAUGUUUUUUGUCAAUAACAAUACUGAUGUUAAAAUGAGAAACCUACUUGGUAUCAAUCAGUGACGUUGUGGAACUUUUUAUUUAGCUCUAUUUAUAUUGGUUGCUGCCGCAAUGAACUCCUCAUGCUCAGUUUUAUGUUUGAGAUGUUAUGGUGUUAAAACAAUAUCUUUAAUAGAACGCAUCAGCAGCAGACCAGAGCAGUAUCAGCGAGCGUAUUGAAAUGCACCUUGCUGUGAAUUGCACCUUGACUCACAAGCAAAGUACAGACCCUAAGCACAAGGUGCUCAGUGCUCGCACAGUUGAAAUGCUUUCUGAUGCGAGGCAGUUCCUCUACAUGUUCCCUUCACUAGUCCACCUCAAUAACUGUGUGCGUCCAAUUCACAGCACACUGCACUCAUUUUUAAUGCUCGCUGACAUUGCUCUGCUCACUCGCGUAAGACAUUUUAUCAGGAUACUUGUAUUGUAGGAAGUUGCUGUAGUAGCUCUUCUUGAUAUUUUCACAGAGCACUGAUGUAUGUCCACAUCGCUUUCAUUUUGUGCCAUCUGUUCAUUAGCGUGACAAUAUACACUAGGCUUACAUCACACAGUAUGACGUGGUAUCGGAUGUUGGUAUUGGAGCGUGUUUACAAGUAAAUGAGGAUGUUAUCAGACCCAUACCCAAUACCAGUAUCGUAUCGCUGCCUCCCGACUAACCAUGGCUCUUUCUUAUAACUAAAAUAAUGCCCCACGAUUAAGUUUUGAACAGGUACCAGAGGGAAGACCUGCACUUUUUCUUGAAGUAAUAUUUGGACCCAGGUCUUGAAGUGACAUGUGGUAACCUUGAUGGAUUACACUAGUGCUCAUGAUGCAUUUUAAACUGCAGUAGUGUUACUGCAAUAAGCUUUAUUUGCACUGGACAAUAGGAGUACAACUGCUUAUUAUAUAUUGAUAAAUUAGUUUGAGUAUAAAUAAGGUGUUAUGAGUUAUGAAGUACCUUUUGAGUUCUUGGAUAUGUUGGGCAUCUUUCAUAUUUCAGUCGCCAAAUUUACUCUGCAAGUUUAGGAUGAGUGUGAGGUUUUGCCGAUUUGUGAUUUGGGAUAGCUUGCUUAAUAAGCACAAGAACAAGACUGUCAAGAUGAGCAGGUCAUUUAAAUAAAGUGGAUUUGCAUAAA